UCUGGAACCCCAACCAUAAAAAUCCCCGCCGUAAUAUUGGAGAUUAGAUGGGAUGACGAGCCGCGGCCUGCAUCCGAGAUGCGGGGCUUGGAGCUCCCGACAAGCAAGCUUUUGCCGUCACAAGAGCAAAGAUGGACCCUAUGUCUCGAGAUAACCCGCCUGGAGAUUGUAUAAACCAGCUCAAGUACGGCAAACCAGACUGUGGUGGAAUUUGCCGUUGAGUCUUGUGUGCGAGGUGUCUCGAGGAAAGAUAGCCCGCCCCUGAGCCCAGCAAGUGUUAGCCUUCCUUCUCGCCCCGCCCGAAGCCACAACCCACCAUCUUCGCAAUGUCUGGUCCUGUUCCCAAGGCGCAGUCCCUCGCGGACAUCUACCCGGCGCCGGCGCUCGACUCGGAGCAGGCGCGCUGGAAGCGCCUGGUUGCGCGAUUCCAGGAGCUGUACGGCCACGCGCCGGCCUUUGUUGCCCGGUCACCGGGCCGUGUCAACAUCAUCGGCGAGCACAUCGACUACAGCCUGUACUCGGUGCUGCCCAUGGCCAUCGCCGCCGACGCCCUGAUCGCCGUGUCGCCCGAGGACGUGGGCAGCAGCGCGGGGGGCACAUACAGGGUACAGAUUGCCAACGUGCAGGGCGACAAAUUCCCCGCCAAGGACUUUGCGCUGCCCGUCUCUGGCGACGUCGAGAUCGACAGCACCGUGCACGAGUGGACCAACUACUUCAAGUGCGGCCUGCGCGGUGCCCUUGAGCUGCUGCGCCGCAAGCGCGGUGACGGCUUCGUCCCUGCCGGCAUGCGGGUCCUCAUGGACGGCACCGUCCCUGUCGGCGGCGGCGUGAGCUCCAGCGCUGCCUUUACGAGCGCCAGCGCGCUGGCCGUCAUGGUCGCCAACGGCGAGAAGGACAUCGACAAGAAGGAGCUCACCGAGCUCGCCAUAGUCAGCGAGCGUGGCGUCGGCGUCAACUCUGGCGGGAUGGAUCAGUCCGCCUCGGUUUUCUCACAGCGUGGCUCUGCGCUCUUUGUCUCCUUUACUCCAACCCUCACGGCGAAGCCGGUGUUCUUCCCAUCCACCAACCCGGAGCUCUGCUUCGUCAUUGCUCAGUCCUUCGUGACGGCCAAUAAGUUUGUCACGGGGCCGGUCCAGUACAACCUGCGCGUAGUCGAGUGCACUUUGGCGGCCGCCUACCUCCACGCCGUGCUCAACCCGCCCGGCCUCCCCCUGCCGACCGACAGCUCACCGCUCGGCAUCUCCCUGCACGGGUUCCACGAGACCUACUUCGCCACGCGGGCGGCUGCGGGCGGCGCCGCUGCCCCUGCGGCCCAGCAGGAGCAGCUCGCCCUGCUGCUGGCGCUCGUACGCUCCACUCUGACUAAGGAGGAGGGCUACACCCGCGAAGAGGUCGCCGCGGCCCUGGGCACCACGGUCGACGACCUCAAUGCCAAGUUCACCUCGCGCUUCCCCGUCCGCGCGGAUCGCUUCAAGCUGCGUCAGCGCUCCGAGCAUGUCUUCUCCGAGGCCCUGCGCGUCCUCGAGUUCAUGGCCCUGCUCGAGAAGCCCGACGUCACCGGCUCCUCGUCGGGGUCCGACACGACCGCGUACAACUCGCUGCUGGGCGCGAAGCUGAACGAGACGCAGGAUUCGUGCCGCGACCUCUACGAGUGUAGCUGCCCCGAGAUCGACGAGCUGUGCGCCAUCGCCCGAAGGGCCGGCAGCUACGGCAGCCGCCUGACGGGCGCCGGCUGGGGAGGCUGCAGCGUCCACCUCGUGCCCGCCGACAAGGUCGCCGCCGUGACUGAGGCCUGGGAGAAGGAGUACUACUCCAAGCGGGAGCUGACCCCGGAGCAGAAGGAAGGCGCUGUUGUGGUUAGUAGGCCGGGCAGCGGCAGCGCCCUGUUCUUUGUUGGACAGGGCACGCUUGAGUGAUUUGAAUGAGGGCUAUGGGUUAUGUAUAUAUGCCUUUUUGGGUUGGACUUUUGCACAGCAUCACCUGCCUGGUACUAUUAUGAGGAGCAAAGGGGUGGGAAGAAUAUAGUGGGCUAAGAUGUUGCUGGAUGUUUCAUUCCUCCGGCUGUAUGGGGAGGGAGGUGCUACCUAGCAGGCACGCCAGUACAAUUCAAGUCUCGGAAAUGAACGGCCUUCUCAACCGAGUCCAGUUCUUCGCCGAGCAGAAGGAAGGUAUCAUAGUAUGAAUAUUGCUUACAUGAGGAGCUGUAGAAAACACUCUCUGAUCCCC